ACUUUGACAUUACACUAAAUAACAUUUUUUUAAUCGUAUUUUUAUUUAAAUAUGGCAGGUGAUGCACCAAGUGGAUGUGCAAGUAAACCCUUAGAAUUAGACAAUCUGCUAAUAAAAAAUGUCAAUACAUGGGGUAACGUUCAGUAUAAUAUACCACUUAGGUUAUCUAGCACUGAGACCAGGUCUUCAACUAGCAUUGGACAUCGCCAUAUACCUGAUGUACCCUAUGCCUUCGACUGCAAAAUCAAUGAACCGCUACCAGAAAGGCUUUGCGGCCGAGACAUGGUGGUGGAGAAGGAGAGCUACAGGACCACGACGGGCGAGUACUGCGUGAAGCCCAACCCGAACAAGGCCAUGGAGCGGUCCGACUGCUCCAUCAACUGCCGCAGAGUCAUAUUCAUGACCGGAGUUGAGAAAAAGUUGCAAGGGCAGACAAUACGCCAGCCAACACUGUUAUCGGAAAUGAAAGACACCUUCCGUGGGAUCCCCAGGUCACCGCUAGCGCCUCCGGAAAUCACCGUCAAACCGCCUGACCCGGAGUAUAUAUUUGAUGUAGUAGCUUCCGGCAGAAACGAGGAAACGCCUAUAUUCGACACGGCUACCGGGUUCCGUAGAUUGAUGGAUCCCUACGUGUCCACGUACCGGCACUACCACAAGCCCUUCACCGUUGAUGAUCAGUACGGCAUCGGCGCCAAGGAUCACAUCACCUUUUAUACUGAAUUUAACACUCCUAAGACCCGAGGAUUUGGCCCAAAACUCAAGGAGAUCUGGAUGCCUCUAACAGCCAAAGUUCACCGAGGCGUAUACGACAGAAUCCACGUGAAAAAAGAGUACCACGAAGUGGCUGCGUGCCACAACCCCGUCAAUAAUAUAAAGGGAGUCUUCGAAUCCGAAACAAAGAGGAAAUUCAAGGUACCCUUCGCCAUCUCCAGUCUCGCCUCCUGGGGACACGGGGAGAAAUUCGACUUGCCACCUUUCCCCCCCAACCCCUACCAGACCAACAUUGCCCCCUUCAUGUAUUGUAGCGAUUACUGCCACAUAGCCCAGGGAACACCCCCAUAUUCCGUGAUUGACCAGAUAAAACACGUCAAGCCGCACAAACCGUGCAAGGAAAGUUAUAUCGUAUCCAGAGAUUUUGAACUAUAGUUUAUUUUGAAAUUGUAAAUGUUUAUAAAA